AUGGCCUGCAACCGUGCUGGUAGCUGGCAUCAUGGCCUUGCCUGUCUGGGGCAACUUUCAGGCUCCGGGCUCGAGGCCAACGUGGUGACCUUCAGUGCCGGGGUUGCCGCAUGCGAGGCAGGAGGCAUUUGGGAGACGACCUUGCGCCUCCUGGCCAACAUGCAGACGCAGACCUCAGCAGCACUUUGUGAUGGAGUUUACAAGAUCGCGGCAAGUGGCGACAGCAUGGGCUGGCGGCGCGCCCUACGCCUAGCCCUGCUGGCCACGAGUUUCGACGCGAGAGGGCCAAUUAUUUUCAGCAGCCUCACGAAGAUGCGUGAAUCCUGGAUCCGAGCCAUGGAGAUGCUCGCUUCGGCGCAGAGGCUUGGCACCCGGCCGACGGUAGUGGCUUACACGGCAGUCAUCGCCGCUUGCAAGGAAGCCUUGUACCAGGUGCCACCGAAGCUCUCCGAUGCGACGCAGCAUCGAAUGAGGCAAUGGCCCCGGUCCCUGGGCCUCUUUGCGGAGCUGCAGAAGCGUGCGCUGCAGCCCGACAGCGUGGCGACCGGGUCUGUGAUCGCCGUCUGCGGGGCAGAGCGCCAGUCAGAGCUGUCCCUCGAAAUCUUCCGGCAGAUGAUGGCAGAGACGGUGGAGACGGACCUCACCAUGUACAACAUCCUAAUCGAUGCCUGUAAGCUCAGCAACGAUGCGGAUCAGGCUUUCGAGCUACUAGAGGAGCUUCUUUGCAGGCGCCUCCAGCCGAGUGACCUCACCUACAACCACCUCAUUGCCUGCUCGGCCACCUCAGCAAGGUCACCACCUGCCUCCGAGCUGCUGUCGGCGAUGCAUCACAGGGCCUUGGAAGCGAGCGUUGUGACGUACAACAACCUGCUUGCCUGCUGCAAGAGCGGCCGGCAGGAGGAGCAGGCUUGGCAGAUUUUCGUGCAGAUGCGCGCUGAGAGCGUGGAACCGAAUGCCCUGACGUGGGCGGCGCUCCUCGGCCGUGCCGGCCAAGUGCACGGAGAGGCGCUGCUCUCCGCUUUGGAGGAGGAGAGCAACGUCGUGGUCUGCAGUGCCGCGCUGGAGCUCUGCCAGCGGCUGGGCGACUCCGAGAGGGCUUUGGAGAUCUUUUCUCAGAUGCAGGAGGAGCGCGUGCGGCCAGACGCCGUGACAUAUGCCGCCGUGAUUGACUGCUGCCUGGAGCAGGAUCAAUUUCUGGAGGUGCAGGAACUGCUCUCCGAGCUGCAGAGCUGUGUCCUCUGA